UCGUCUCGGCGUCGACCGCUCGGCUCCCUUCGACAACAACAGUAACAGCGGAGGAAACGCCGAUUUGUUUUAUAAACCGAGGGCAAAAAGAGAAACCUGGCGAAUAAAGACACAAAAAAUAAAAAAUCUGCGUUUCUGUUGAGCCCCUGCCUCUUCAGCCAACGUUAGGAAGCUCAACCACAGUGACUUUUCUCGUAUUUUGAUCCUAACCCUGUUUAUUGACGGACCGGGCCCUAAUGAUGCCUUCAGGUCCGAAACAUGGGGCGCAUCUUCCUGGACCACAUCGGUGGGACUCGCCUCUUCUCCUGCGCCAACUGCGACACCAUCCUGACCAACCGAGCCGAGCUCAUCUCCACACGCUUCACCGGAGCCACCGGCCGAGCGUUCCUGUUCAACAAGGUUGUGAAUCUGCAGCACAGCGAGGUCCAAGACAGGGUCAUGCUGACAGGAAGACACAUGGUGCGGGACGUCAGCUGCAAGAACUGCAACAGCAAGCUAGGCUGGAUGUAUGAGUUCGCCACCGAGGAAAGCCAGCGCUACAAGGAGGGCCGUGUCAUCCUGGAGAGGGCGCUGGUGAGAGAGAGCGAAGGCUUCGAGCAUGUUCCCUCCGACAACUCCUGAGUUCACGUCAGUUGCCGUUUGGAUGCUCACUCCGUGCAUACUACAGCUUCUCCUCGGGCAGCUGUGCGUGGACGUGCAUAGACAGUGUGCCAUUUGUGAGUAGAGCUACACCAAAAUAAUAUCACGGGGUUGCUGUUUGUGGGGGGUGUUUAAACAAGAGGUGGUGGACAUUUUCCCAUUACUUUAAACAUUGUAUCCUAAGAAGGGAAACACCAUUGUUCCUCUACCCAUUCAAAACCACCCGCAUUUUCAAAAUGUGCCCAGGAAGGGCUGUGGUGUUUGUAAAAUGCGUUGGUGGGGUGGCAUUUGGGCUGCUGUCAGAGGAAGAGGAUUCGCUCCUGCGGCUCAGACAGGUAGAUUAUAAUGCAGGCAUCUCUAAAGCCAGUAACAGCACUGACGAAUGCCGACACUAAAGAGAGGACUGCUGGGUCUUCAUUUAGUGAAAUGAAAUCUGUUGGCUUACAAAGUUAGUCACUGAGUGGUAUGCUGUGAUACAUUCCUUUUCUGGCAAGUGCUCAGUCUGAUAUGCUAGAAAUUCUUUGUUUCAAUAAUGCAUGAAAUGACUUUUCUUUAAUAUAAGCUGCACCAGAGUGUUCUGCAGAAAAAAAGAACAUUAUCAAAGUAAACAAAAUUUUAAAGAACAAAACGCUUCCUAUUAAUGUUAUGAGCUGCCUGAUGGACAGGUCAUCACCAUCGGAAAUGAGAGGUUCCGUUGCCCUGAGUCCCUCCUCCAGCCCUCUUUUCUUGGUAUGGAGUCUUGUGGUAUCCAUUGUGGUAUCAUCAUAUAUAUGAUGAUGUUAUUAUCGAAGAACCAGACAUCAUUUUUCAACUACCAAGAGUUCCUAUCUCCCUACUUUAUUUUCACCCCAUGAUAAAUGAUAAGAAAGGUGAUCAGAACAUGUUUUAUCAUGAUGGAAAAAAGCCAACUUUUGCAUUUCAGCACAAAUAUUUAGGUUGGCUGGUGCCAAUUGGCAAAUUAUCUGAAUGGAAACUUAUUUAGUUCAAUUUUUUUUGUCAAAAAUAAAUAAAUACAAAUAUAUUAAUUAAUGAAUCUGUGUUUUCUUAUAUGUCUGUCCAUAUUCAGAUUUUCAUAUUGUAAAAGAUUAUUUUUAUUAUUUUUUUUUAUGAAUUACCUCUGCCAAGGA